UGCUGUUGCUGCUGGUGCUGGAGCAGGAGCUGCUGGCCGAGUGAAGGGCAGAAGAAGGGGGCGGGCGGGCCACUUCUUUCUUGGCUGGCCGUAGAGGUUCUGCUGCUGCUGCUGCUGCUGGUGCUGACUCCGACUAAACUGCGUGGGAGGAGGGGGGGAGGGGGCCGCGGACUUUCGAGCGAAGAGAGGAGGAGUUCGAGUGAGCAUCGUCGUCGUCGGCAGGAGCUUCUUGGCGAGGGAGUCAAAUCGUCGGGCGUGGAACGGCUUUCCGAGUCGAGGCUGUGCGGAGUUUGGUUUGUGUGAGAGAGUGUGUGAGCGUGCGCGUGUGGAGGAAGAGCAGCAGGGGCGGAACGACGACGAGGGGCCGGAGUUGGCAGAUCUCGUGCUAGCGCGGAGGUAUUAUUAUUGCUGCUAGGGUAGUCGCCCAGUUCUAUAAACCGCACCAGCGCUCCGGAUGGCGUGGACAUGAGCCGCGAGUCGCCGUGGAGCCAAUGCUUGCGAGGAGUGGCUGCUGCUUCGAGAAUGCGAAUGUUGUGAGGUCGCCGAUUGGAAAUUGGGUUCGGAAGGGCUUGGAUCAGAGCCUGCUCGAGUUCAGAGUAGAUCUGGUUCGGAACGCCGCGCAGAUCUGAUUUGGCCUCUUCUGGAUCCUGAGCGCGAUUGCUGUGGGGAUCAGGACCUGCGUCCCUGGCUCGAGAUCUACCGUUUCACCUGGUGUCCGGCGGGCAUGGGUUUUCAAAAGUUGCAAUGCCACAGGUCCGGUCAAUGUAGUUAGGUUUCCACCUGGGACCUUCUUAGGACUGAAGAGGAAUCUCGAUACAUUCAGCAAAGAUGGGGGGCACAACAGACUAUGAGGAGAAGAAGCCUUUCUUGAGAGGUGGCGCUAAUCUCAACCAUCUCACCCCUGCCGAUUUAAAGAGCAAAGUCCCCACCAGUUUUUCGACGGUAGGACUAAUUGUAUCAUGGUACUUUUCGAACAUUGGCGUGCUUUUAUUGAACAAGUAUCUCCUUAGCAAUUAUGGGUUCAAAUUUCCCAUCUUUCUCACGAUGUGUCACAUGACGGCCUGCGCGCUGUUCAGCUACGUAGCAAUCGCCUGGAUGAAGAUUGUGCCAAUGCAGGCAGUCAAAUCUCGCACCCAGUUUGUGAAAAUCGCGGCAUUGAGUGUAAUCUUUUGCACGUCCGUGGUGAGCGGUAACAUUUCCCUCCGAUUCUUACCUGUAUCUUUCAAUCAAGCCAUCGGUGCCACCACUCCCUUCUUUACAGCGGUCUUCGCCUACGUCAUGACCCUCAGGCGAGAAGCGUGGCUUACCUACGCAAGCCUGAUACCAGUUGUGACAGGAGUCAUCAUAGCCAGCGGGGGAGAGCCGAGCUUCCACCUGUAUGGGUUCAUCAUGUGCAUUACGGCUACAGCUGCCAGAGCUCUGAAGUCUGUUCUUCAAGGAAUUCUACUUUCGAACGAAGGGGAGAAAUUGAAUUCGAUGAACCUCCUCCUAUACAUGGCACCAAUCGCGGUCGUGGUCUUGUUGCCAGCGACUUUAUUAUUGGAGCCGAAUGUGCUUGGAAUCGCUAUUGCUCAGGCUCGUGUCGACCCAGGAAUCGUCUUUUUACUUGCAAUUAAUUCUGCCAUGGCGUACUUUGUCAACUUGACGAAUUUUCUUGUCACUAAGCACACGAGUGCCCUGACUCUCCAGGUUCUUGGCAACGCGAAGGGAGCUGUGGCGGUCGUUGUAUCGAUUUUGAUCUUCAGGAAUCCAGUCUCCGUGACUGGAAUGCUUGGCUAUGGGCUAACGGUGUUCGGGGUCAUCCUGUAUAGUGAAGCAAAGCGGCGCUGCAAAUGAUCUAUAUACCCUGUCAACUCUUUACCGUUUUGAGAAGCCAGACCAUCCCCAAUCUGUGGUGAUGGUGAGUCGGUCCUCGCCAAUCUAGUCGCCGGAUGAGUUUAUUUUGUAAGAUUGUAGGUCUCAAAUUAUUCUUUGCUGACUGUCGCAAAACCCCGACUCCCAAGGGUGACCCAAGGGAAUCCAUUCAUUACUAGGUGAAAUAAUUGAGGUGUAGAAAUGUCUGGAGAUAAUCUGCGUGGCUCUGCAGGUAUGGUCAGAUCCUCAGUCCGUCCAGUGAAAGCUUGAUUCUGGCCUUUUAGAACAGUCGCCAGAAAUUAACUCUGUAGGUAGGUAUCUCCUUAUUGAGUUUUCGCAGACAGUGAUCGGUUCUUCAUUCUCUAGGUCGUUCCCGGAAAAGCAGCCCAAUAUUGUUUCCCAUUAUCGCUGUAAUGGUUUUGCUGAUUAACAUGUAAGCAAGCACAAGCAGAAGCUGGCUCUGGCUGAUGACCCUCGAGUAAGCAAGCCCAGGCUUGGGAGGCUCACUGAAAAAAAUUAAAUUGCAUUGAAAGAAAAAUUUGCUCAUAUUUAUAUCCUCGCCCAUCA